AUGAACAAACCUGUUAGGAUUCUGGUGAACCACAAUGAGCUUACUUUAGAAGGUAUAAAGCAGUUCUAUGUGAAUCCUGACAAGGAAGAUUGGAAGCUCGAAAACACUAUGCAACCUGAUCAUACAGUUUCUGCCACACACGGCGACAUAGAUCAGAACACGAGGGUUAUCAAAAUGAGCGAGUUCCACUCUGGAUCAUCUCGGCCUGAGAAUUACCUUCAUCGCAUUGGUCGUAGUGGAUGGUUUGGGAGGAAAGGAAAGGCCAUUAACUCUGUUACCAAGGAGGACGAAAGGAUGUUACAAGUUUUAUACGGCAGAGGAGUACAGAUGAAGGGAUCUAUAAGCCUGUUAGGCUUCCUGCUUCCUGUUUUGUUGUUUGCUUCAGUAUGUUUACGAGAUUGCAAUGCCAGAGAUACUGUUUCAAUAACAAAUCCUCUUCAUGAUUCAGAAACUAUAUUCUCCUCAGGUCGAACUUUCAAGUUGGGAUUUUUCAGCCCUGGAAACACCACCAACCGAUACGUGGGAAUCAUGUUUAAUGUUCCUACAGCUACUGUUGUUUGGGUGGCUAAUAGGGACAAUCCUUUGAAUGACUCCUCUGGGGUUCUUACCAUCUCAGGAGAUGGGAAUCUUGUGGUUUUGAACGGGAAGAAAGAUAUACUGUGGUCUUCGAAUGCGCCAAAGCCUGUGGCCAAUUCAAGUGCUCAGCUCUUGGAUGAUGGUAACUUAGUCUUGACUGAUAAUUCAACCGGAACAAGUGUGUGGGAAAGCUUUCAGAAUCCGACAAACUUUUUUCUUCGCAAGAUGAGUAUUGGUGAAGUUGCAAAUAGUUCCAUCCGGCUAACUUCAUGGAGAAGUCCAUCUGAUCCGUCCAUUGGAAAUUUCUCUCUUGGUGUUAACUCUCUGCGCAUCCCAGAAUUUUAUGUUUGGAAUAGAGGUGUCGUUUAUUGGCGCAGUGGCCCGUGGAAUGGUAAUAUAUUUAUUGGGGUACCGGCAAUGACUGCUAUCUAUAGAAAUCAAUAUGAUCUUGUGGGGAAUGACGAUGGAACGGCAUACUUUACCUAUGACUACAUCAAUACUACUACUUUGUUGCACUAUGAGCUGAGUUCCUCUGGAAAUCUCCUGGAGAAGGAACUGAAUGAUAAUGGAGACUGGAACAUAUCAUAUUCAUGUGUGAGUAGUGAAUGUGAUGAAUAUGGAAAAUGCGGACCAAAUGGAAGAUGUGAUCCUCUCGCUUCACCAAUUUGUUCAUGUCUGCAAGGUUUCGAGCCCAGAGAUGAGGCAGAAUGGAAUAAAGGAAACUGGAGUGGGGGCUGCUCCAGAAAGGCACCUCUGCAGUGUGAGAGAAACAAUUCUGCAGGACGACAGGGCGAAGGAGAUGGCUAUUUGAAGCUCACAAAUGUUAAAAUUCCUGAUUUGUCCAACUCUGUGGCAACUUCAGAGGGAAACUGCAGCAAUGAUUGCUUGAAGGAUUGCUUCUGCUCAGCCUAUACAUUUGUUGUGGGCAUUGGAUGCCUGCACUGGAAUGAUAGCCUGAUAGAUAUUCAGCAAUUCUCUUCAAAUGGAGCAGAUCUAUACAUUCGUCUGGCGUCUUCUGAACUAGAUCGUACUGAGAGCAAACAGAGAAAGAAAGCAGUCAUUGCAGCCACGGUUAGCAUGGCAAGUUUAUUCCUUGCUGUAUCAUCUUUCUUUUUGUGGAAUUGGUUGAUUAAGCAUAGAGGGCGGAAGCAAGAAGCCAAGUUGUCGUUAGUUCAACCAAGGGAAGAAUGCAAAACAGAAAUGGUGCUGAAUGGCAGUCAUGUAAAAGCAAAGCUUGAAGAGCUGCCACUAUAUGGUUAUGAAACACUAGCGAAUGCAACUGAGAGUUUCCACAACAAAAGUAAACUAGGCCAAGGGGGUUUUGGUCCGGUGUACAAGGGAAAACUUUCAAAUGGUCCAGAAAUAGCUGUGAAAAGGCUUUCAAACUCUUCUAGCCAGGGGUUACAGGAGUUUAUGAAUGAAGUUUCAGUCAUUUCCAAACUGCAACAUCGAAAUCUUGUCAGACUCCUUGGUUGCUGCAUUGAAAGAGAAGAAAAAAUACUAGUCUAUGAGUACAUGCCAAACAAAAGCCUGGAUGCGUAUAUAUUUGAUUCUCGAAAACAACACUUACUUGAUUGGCCUAGAAGGUGUACCAUCAUUGAAGGGAUUGGUAGAGGUCUUCUCUACCUUCAUAGAGAUUCAAGACUAAGAAUUAUCCAUAGAGACAUGAAAGCAAGUAACAUCCUCCUAGAUGAAGAUCUAAAUCCCAAGAUAUCGGAUUUUGGGCUAGCUAGAAUAUUCGGAGGUAAACAGGAUCAAGCCAAUACCAGCAGAGUUGUAGGCACAUAUGGCUAUAUGGCUCCAGAAUAUGCAAUGAGGGGAAAGUUCUCGGAAAAAUCAGAUGUUUAUAGCUUUGGAGUUUUGUUACUGGAGAUUGUGAGCGGAAGGAAGAAUACUAGUUUCUACCAUGAGGAGGAGAAUCUAAUAAGCCUGCUAGGAUAUGCCUGGAAACUCUGGAACGAAAAUCAAGUGGUAAAUCUGGCUUUUACAGAAGGACUGAAUCCAAGCGCUGAAAUGGAAAUCCUGAGAUGUGUGCAUGUCGGACUGUUGUGUGUUCAAGAAUCCGCGGACGACAGACCAAAUAUGUCUGCUGUUCUUUCGAUGCUCAACAGCGAAAUCAGAGACCUUCCUCCUCCCAAGUUACCAGCUUACACUGCGAGAAUAAUGUCACACUAUGAAGACCAAUCAUGUUCUCCACAACAGAGUGAACGCCAUUCAAUAAAUGAUCUCAGUUUAACAGAUGUCCAUGGGAGAUAG